AUGUCUCUCUCCUCGACUGAAGACCUCAAGGAACGGCCGACGGCCAGUCCGGCGAGCCUCGAGGCGUCGGUCGGCGGCGACGAGGACCGAUUCGCCAGCAUCGACAAGAACCGCCUCCUGCGUCGCCUCGACCUUCAUUUUCUGCCGGUCUACUGCGUCUGCUACGCCGUUGUGCGCAUGGACCUGAACAACAUCUCGAACGCAGGCACGAUGAACAGCGAGGCGCACCACUCGCUCAAGCAGGUGCUCUCGCUCGACGCCAAGCAGUGGUCCUGGGUCGUGUCAGCUUUUUACUACACCUACCUGGCGGCGGAGCCGAUCGCGACCUUCUUUGCCAAGUCGACGACGCCCUCCUUCUUUUUCGCCCGCCUCAUGGUCAGCUGGGGCGCAGUCAUGGCCUGCAUGGCCGCCGUCUCUAACUACGGCGGUCUGAUCACGUGUCGCGUAUUGCUCGGCCUGUUCGAGGGAGGGUUCUUCCCGGCCAUGCUGUACCACCUUUCGUUCUGGUACACGCCCAAGGAGAUGAGCACGCGCGUCCUCUUCCUUUACGUGGCCAACUCGAGCUCCGGAGGAUUUUCGGGCCUGUUCGCCUACGCCGUGUCGUUCGCCGACUCGUCCGCCCAUCUCUACGGCUGGCAAGUCCUGUUCAUCCUCGAGGGCCUCGUCACGAUCCUGCUCGGCGUCGGCAUGUGGUAUCUCCUGCCCAACUUUCCUCAGACCGUCAAAUGGCUCUCGCCUCUCGAGCAGGACUAUAUUCUGAGCCACCUGCACCGCGACGCUCCGAGGAUGACCGACAAGACGUUCGACGGGCAGCAGAUCCUGCGCAUGCUCGCCGACCCGACCUUCUUCUUCUUUUCAAUCUUCUGGGCGUGCUACGCCGUCGGCGCCUGGGGCAUCUCGACCGUCCUUCCUUUUGUCGUCAAGGACCUCGGCAUCACGGAUUCGGCCGGGACGCAGCUUCUCCAGAUCCCUCCUGCCGCGACGGGCGUCUUCAUGUGCUGCCUUUCAGCCUACCUCAUCCGCAAGCGCAACGUCAACCCCUUUCUCUGCGCCCUCGGUCUGGUUCUCGGCGUCAUCGUCGCACUCGUCAUCAUGAUCACGGUCGAGCCCGCCGGCGUGCGGUACGCCGCCGCCUGCGUCGUCUCGGGCGCCGCCCCGUCCGCCUACGCCUGCCUUUGGCCUCGACGCAUCGCUGCCUUGCGCGGCACGUCGGCGGCCGCGCUCGGGAUCGGGAUCAACAACGCGAUCUCGCAGUUCUCCGGGCUCGUCGGCCCGUCGCUGUGGCGCAGCGACUACGGGCCGAGGUACGAGAACUCGGCGACCGGCGCGUGCGCCCUCGUCGCUGCGAACGCCGUCAUCAUCCUCGUCCUGUGGUGGCUCAUGGAGGGCGACCUGUCGCGCUUCCCGUGGCUGCAGAAGCGCGUCCUCGCACAGUCGCAGGUCACCGAGGCGGACCGCGAGGCCGAGGCGAGGGGAGAGACGGUGGGCGAGCAGGAGAAGUAGCCCUGCACCGAGCUUUUCUGUGUCUG